GUGGCGACCCGUGGGCGCGAGACCCACUACGGUCCCGCGGCCCUCGCGCGUUGCGGCGGGAGCGACUGGGCUGCGCGGCAUGGCCGGGGCCUAAGUUUCCCCAGCUAUUAAGUGUAGCGCUACUCGUAGGGCGGCCUUGAGGAGACCGCGCCGUAGUGGGAACUGUCGGGACAGCUCACGGCUUUUGGCUGCACUGGGGUCUCCGAGGCUCCGUCUCCCAGAGUCGGUGGCGGCCGGGCAGCGGGACCCCCAUUGCACAGUGCUUGGUGGGCAUACUGACGCAUGGGGACGCCAUUUCCCAGGAUGCUUCGCGUGGCGAAGGGGAACUCCAUCUCCUAGACUGCCGUGUGUGUGGCUUCAACAUCUCCGAGUGCCCCACGAGCGGCCUGACGGAGGAUACUCCUAAGAAUGCACCGCGGACGGCCUGACAUGUAGGCGGGGACUCCAUUCUCCCAGAAUGCCCCGCGAGAGCCGUGAAGGUGGCGGGGGCUUAAAUCUUCCCCUGUGCCCCUCCGGCCCCUGAUGGGGUUGAGGGAAAAACUCCAACUCCCAGAACGCUCCGCGGCCAGCAUGACGCGGGUAGGGAGGCGCCUCCAUCUCCCAGAAUGUACCAGGAGCGGCAUGACGUAAGGAAGGGACUCCAUCUCCCAGAGUGCCCCAUGGCGGCCGGGCGGCGGCAGUGGCCGCAACCGACCCGCCGAGACUAGACGCUCCGGUCUCUCGCCCGCACCGGGGUGGAAGGUCUCGCUGGAUGGUUUCCGGCUACGGCGCGAUGGAUAGCCCCGAGGUGACCUUCACGCUGGCCUACCUGGUCUUCGCCGUGUGUUUCGUGUUCACGCCCAAUGAAUUCCACUCGGCUGGGCUUACGGUGCAGAACCUGCUGUCAGGCUGGCUGGGCAGCGAGGACGCCGCCUUCGUGCCCUUCCACCUGCGCCGCACGGCCGCCACACUGCUUUGCCACUCGCUGCUGCCGCUCGGCUAUUACGUGGGUAUGUGCUUUGCUGCCUCAGAAAAGCGGCUCUACUCCCCCAGCCAGGCCCCAGAGGCCUGGCGGCUCUUUCUCCUGAUGGCCGUGACCCUACCUUCCCUCACCUGCACCCUCAUCUACUACUGGUCCUUUGACCAGUGGGCCCGCCACCCACUGGCCCGCACCUUGGCACUCUACGCCCUCCCGCAGUCAGGCUGGCAGGCUGUGGCCUCUUCCAUCAACACUGAGUUCCGGCGGAUCGACAAGUUUGCCACUGGGGUGCCAGGCGCCCGAGUGAUCGUGACAGACACAUGGGUGAUGAAGGUGACCACUUACCGUGUGCACGUGGCCCAGCAGCAAGAUGUGCACCUGAUUGUGACAGAGUCGCGGCAGCAUGAGCUCUCACCAGAUUCCAACCUACCGGUGCAGCUCCUUACCAUCCACGUGGCUAGCGCCGGCCCGGGUGUGCAGGCCUUUGACAUUCGGCUAAACUCGGCAGAGUAUGGGGAACUGUGUGAGAAACUUCGAGCACCAAUUCGCAGCGCAGCCAAUGUGGUCAUCCGCCAGAGCCUGGGCGACCUGUUCCUGGAGACGUUCGCCUCCUUGGUGGAGGUCAACCCAGCCUACUCGGUGCCAAGCAACCAGGAGCUGGAGGCAUGCAUUGGCUGCAUGCAGACGCGUGCAAGUGUGAAGCUGGUGAAGACCUGCCAGGAGGCGGCUGUGGGCGAGUGCCAGCAGUGCUACUGCCGCCCCAUGUGGUGUCUCACCUGCAUGGGCAAGUGGUUCGCCAGCCGUCAGGACCCGCAGCGCCCAGACACCUGGCUGGCCAGCCGUGUGCCCUGCCCUACCUGUCGUGCCCGCUUCUGCAUCCUGGAUGUGUGCACUGUGCGCUGAGCAGCUGGCCGGGACCUCGGGCCUGCCCCAUGCCCCAACAGCCCUGGGGCAUGACAGAGCAGCCAGGCCUCCACUGCCAAGGGCUCUAGUCAAAGCACACUCAAUCUGCAGUGUCUGCCUCUGCCUUGAGGGCAGGCUGGGAACUUUUGUUUAAAAAGAAAUUCUUGUGGAAACACUGCCCCCCCGUGGUAGUGGGAAGGGUCUUCACACCUCUUCCCUUCCUCCUUCACCUGUCUCCAGGUAGGGGCGAAUAUUGGACACAGAGCCAUCUUUUGGGAGACCCUGGGAUCUGCUCCAGCUGGUCGUCAGCUGGGCCACUUGCCUUAAAUUUUUGCAGCACAUCUGUCUCUCGGUUUUGUGCCAGACUCAGAUUCACCCGGGUAGCUGUGGUCUGUUCUCCCAUUGCUUCCUAGAACUGGCCGUCCUGAGUAGGCCCCUCCCCAACUACAGAGGCUGCUUGGAGUCCCUAGUCAGAGCCUGACGGUGGGGGUGGAGAAGAGCGCACACUGCAGCGUGGGAGUACUCCUGGGCUUCCUGGUGGGAGGUGAUGGGAGGGCAGGUCAAGGCGGCCCUCAUUCACUCAUGGGGCCACCUGCCUCUGGAAGGGCACCUGCCCUGGUGCCUACUGCUGCCCUCACAAGUCUAAGGAAGGCUGAGGCCUCAGACUCUUGGUGGGGAGUGGGGGCCAGAAAUCUGUCCUUCCCAGGAAUGCACAUUGGGCUUGCCAUUACUGCGGGCUCUGCCUGAUUCAGAAGGGGUUACCCCCUGUGGUCAAGGCUUUGAUGGGUACAGGUGAGGGAGCAGGGAAGAUGCUGACCAGGCCCCAAGCACAGCUCUUUGACACAGGUGGCAGAUGGCCCUAAACCCCUAAGCUUGGCUGUUUCAAGUAGGGGUGACAGCUUCAGCUGGCCUGACUUGCCCAAGGCUACACCUGGCCCCGGGAUUUGGGAGCAGAGAAAACUCAGCUUUUCUCUGGGCUCUUCCGGCUGCUUAGGGGCAGUAGUCAGGAGCCAGACUCAGUCUCACUCCAGAGUUUCAAGGGCCAAGGAGGGGCCAGAUGGUUAGGGGUUAUUUUUACUACAAGAGAAGUUACUUAGUUUUAUAGGGACAAAUCUGUUGUAGUUAAAUGACGCAGUACUUAAUAAAAUGUUAGUCUGAAGAGA